AUGCGUCUCAUUUGCGCAGCGAAGACGUGGACAGACACUGCUCGGCAUAUGCACUUGCCACACAAGCGCAACGAGUAUUUCAUCGUUGAGGAUAUUUUCUGCAGCAAAAUAGCAAAAUUCAAGCACAGCAUCAGAAAGGGCAAGUUUGAUAAGCUUUUGUACAUUGACAAAAACCAAAGCGGUUAUAAUGAUAACUUGUACAUGCAACGACAGCGAGUGCGGAAAAAGCGUGAGAUUAAUCUCGUACGUGGAGGUGGUGGAAAGCGGCCAGGAAUCGAAAGCGACCACGGUCACUGCAACAGCUUCGAGAUCAGCGAACUAGUGCGAAAGCAUAUUGCGACCAAUCCAUCGCUAGCAGCAGUGAAGUCAGCGAUUUAUCAGGAACUCGUCUCCUUAUAUCCAGAUGGGUAUUUCACGGUGAUGUGCGUUGACGGAGCCGUAAGCUACCAGGCGGACUCUCAUAGGUACUGUGUCGAAGGCAAUAUGGACCAUAACUGCUAUGUUUUUAUGAUGUAA